AUGAAGUGGGGCUGUUCAGUCUACUGGCAUGGUAUGCCAACACGUGGUGUGCUGCUGAUGCUGAUCCUUGCAGAACCGACUCGUGCAGCGUUUUCCAUGGACAUCACCAUUUGUGACAAUCAGGCCAACCAAAUAUGGAAAAAAGAAGCGCCGAAAAUUAGAGACGAUGUAUUGUUCAUUCAUGAAUGUCGGAUCUAUUCUGGAAAGACAAGCACACAGAAUGUCCUGACUCAGUGUAUCAAAAAUGUCGAAGCUCACAUUACUAUACCAGGUUCCUCAAAAACUUUGCAUGCUGACUUCUUAAGCGAAGAGCUUGAGUGGUGUACAGUAAAAGAGGUGUUAGUUUCCGAAGGUGAUGGUUUAAUAGUAAAACAGUCUUUCAUCUGUCAUGCCUAUAGUCCAAGUGCUCAGGACGAGUUCAGAGCGUACCUCUCAUGUGAUCCACAUUUCGGACACCCGGUGGUAAUUUUGCUAUUGAGACCAAUGCGAAAAGUAGUCAUUUUCCCUUAUAUAGAAGCUUUUUUCUAUGGAUGGUGCUCUUCGAUCGCCAUUUCAGCAGCGAUCUUACUUCUUAUAAUCGCUUAUAAACCCGAGUUAGUUGAGAUAAUUCAUAAGCAAGGUUUUGAGCACGUGAAAUCAAGAAAAAAGCAUACAAGCCGUGAAAAUGCCCUAGCAGCUGCAAAACUCGAAGCUCGAAAAAAGUUGUUGAAUUCUCCACGAACUUCUGCUGGCAGUAGUGCCAAGAAACAAAAGCCUGAAAGAAGUACUUCAGCGGAAAGUAAAGAGAAAGGCAAAAAGUACUCAGUUUACUCAGAGACAAAAGCUAAAUACUUAUCACUGAAGAGAAAAAAGAAGCUUGACAAGAAAAAGGCUGAAAAGAAAUGA